AUGGCCUAUGGCCCAUCCAACGAGACCAAAAAACAAUAUCUGUCUCUGAACCUGCAUUUUCCACAGCCAAUUCUUCCCUCCCAAGCCCCCGACAGCUCAUUCCCCCCCUUCCCUUCAUGCCCUCCAGUACAUUUCAGGAAUGGCGCAUUCCCCGCUGUAUCACUGCAAUGAAGUUCCCGGGCCCACGGAGUUGAAUCAAACAUCCGGCAUGCCGGUAAUGAUUAUUUCCCCUAUUCCCCCCACUGUGUGCUUAAGUCACGGAAGCUACAACCGCUCAACCAUGAAGAAGGGAGGAGAGAAAUAACAAAUCAUGUAUCUUCCCGUACAACUACAGUCCUGUAGCCUAGUGUACGAGUAGAACCCCCCCCCUUCAACAUUAACCCGUAUGCCUGAGGCUUUUCUCGGAAUAAAAUCGAACCAGGCUGCGAAUGGCGUGUUUAGCUAUCAUAGCACAAACCCACCAUCCCACUCCUCGGCUGCCCG